AUGACCCACAGAGCACUGCUGGUCACCGAGCAAGAAACCGUCACUGAUCCAAUUAGCAGCACUAGUCACACGACUCUACUGUUUAAACCAGCACAGCUAAUUGGAUCAGCAGCAGUUUCCGCUCGUGUCCACCAGUGUUCUGCAGAGUGGCACUUCUAUUGUGUGUUUAACACCUUUGUGGGGGCAUCCUUAUGGGGAAACAAAUGUGACCUGUCAAUUUCAGGAGGCCAGGACAACUCUCAGAAGUACAGUAUUCUAAAUUCUCUUGAAACUUUUAGACCUUGUAUCUUGGUUGAUAACAUAGGAUCUCUCUGGACCAUUCUUUCCAGAAGAAAGACACUAAACAAUGGUGGAGAUACAAAGACUAGAGUUGACAUUGUCCUAGAUAAUUCUGGAUUUGAGCUUAUUACGGAUUUCGCUCUAGCUGACGCAUUGCUUUCUUUAAAGCUAGCUACUGAAGUUCAUUUCCAUGCAAAGUGCAUACCUUGGUAUGUUUCAGAUGUAACAAAACAAGAUUUUAACUGGACAAUCAAGCAGCUUUUAAAAACGAACAACAAGUGUAUGUCAGAAUGUGGUGCUAACUGGCAAAAAUACUUACAAAACGAAUCCUGGAUUUAUCAUGAACACUUAUUUUGGACAUUACCACAUGAAUUCUGCAGUAUGGCUGUUACUGCUCCAGAUUUAUACUCAGAGUUGCAGAAGUCACAACUGAUUAUAUUUAAGGGAGAUUUAAAUUAUAGGAAGCUUACUGGAGACAGGCGAUGGAACUUCACUGUGCCUUUUUCCAAAGCCCUUAGGGCGUUUCACCCUGCACCACUCUGCAGUGUAAGAACCUUGAAAGCUGAUGUGCAGGUAGGUUUGGAACCAGGAGUUGGAGAAAAGCUUGCAGCAUCUGAUCCUGACUGGAUGAUCACUGGGAAAUAUGGAGUAAUUCAGUUUAGCGAUUCCACAUAAAAGUUGGUGUGGAACACUUGCUGCAUAAUGAAUGCUUUAAAAAAUAGAUUGGUUUGCUGGAUGCCAUAUCUGACAUAAAAUAAUGUCCUCUAGUCUCCCAUUACAAUAGUACAAAAUGGCUAUACUUGAAUGCAUGUGUUUAUAAUACGUAUCAUAUUACGCAUUAUACACGUGGAAGAAAUAAAUGUUGUUUUUUAAAGGGA